AUGGCAACGAGAUCUUUCAUAAUAUCUAGUCUUGUCGUGACCCUAGUAAUCGCGUUGGGAUGGAACAUGGAAGAGAGUGCAGCGAGAGACGUGAAGCUAGUGAAACUCAGCGAUGUAAAACCCGAAACAUUGACAACGUUAAAAGUAGAAGAAGAAAAAGAACUAAUGGCCGACAAACUUAUAAAAGAGAUUGAGAAUGCAAAGAAGUUGCUGGGAGAGUUGAAAACGAUGAAGAAGGAAUCAAAGGGUGAUAUGAAAGAGGAGUUGGGUUCAUUGGUGACGUCUGAAUCGCUGCUAAACGAUAUUUCGGAUACUCUGAAGAACGGAACGUGCAACGCAAACAAAGCUACGAUAUUUGUAGAGAAAGAAUCGUUUUUCUACAGAGCAUGGAAGGAGAAUGCGUAUCACGCGGUGGUUCCUGAGAAGGAGAAAGAGUUUAUGUCUACCAUAAAGCGGAUUGUUAAGCUGUUGAAGAAAACUUAG